AAUGAGCUGAGGCUGAACAUGCGGUGAUCAUGGGCCAUGGCCGCAACAGUGGUGAUCACGAGCUAGAUGCAUUCACCCCUGUGAACCAAGUCGACGCGCACCGACCACGCCCUUCACCAUUGAAUAUCAUCAAGAGCUGGGGACAAGGGAUCAACGCAAGAAACACAAAUAUCGCUUGAACUACACCGUGUGCAGGCACCGGUAACUCUUCUGGAAGACCGACUGGCCUCUUCCUGGCAUCUAGAAGCACCAACUUUGACGCUCUUCCGGUUGCUGCUGGCUCUAUCCACAAUUGGCAUAGCAGAACGUGGUAAAAUGGACAAGCCCGACCCGCGCUCCGCCGCACUGCGAGUGUACGAGCUCCUUGCUGGUAUACCAAGCGUGUCUUCUUCGUCCUUCACGCCCAACCAGAAUGUCGGUACCGAUGCGUCCCAGAACAUUGGCAGCUGCCUCAACUUGAAACUCAAAACACGCCAUUUCGGCCUCGAAGAUGACUUGAUCAGCAGAUUAGCUGUUCCUAUCGUUUACGAUGCGGCAAGCAAGAAAAUCACCGUGCAUCGUGCCGCCUUCGACAACACCACCCCAGUAAGCGCAAAAACGGACACUAUUGUGAGCGAGAAGGUCUGCCGGGAGACCAACAUCAAGAUCCUCCUCCGUGAAGUCAAUGACGACAGGAAGCAGGACGGAAAGAAGAGAACCGUCGAACUCUGGAAGGGUGGCAAUCUCCUCUGUUCAGAUAACGUCACUGAUGUCCACGGAGCUUUCAUCAAUGAUGACAUGUUUGGGAGCCUAGACAUCAAUGGUCUGAGCCGCAUCGCUUUGUAUUCAGCCGAGGCGCGCAAUCCCCACCAAGACGAAGACGACAAAGGCUGCAAGUACGAAUAUGUGCCCUCCCUCGGCGAAAAGUCCAGCAGCAACGUCAGACCGUCCGUUUUUGUGUUCACUUGGGACCGCUCAGAAGAAGUGCUGGAGGACCUACCAUGGGUCAAUAUUCGAGGGAAAUGCAUUGGCUCGCUCAGCGACUGCUUGGACCCAGAAUUCCAAUCGAUUCUCUUUGCCCAUGCUGAGAUUCUUCCGCCCAUUCUGGGUGAGACCUCACCGCAAUGCCUUGCCACAGGCUACAAGAGCCUGCCCAAUGGUGGCCAACGACUCGGCAUCAUCUACUGCACCAACCGGCCAUCAGACUGCUACUCUUUCUCACUGCGAUUCGCCUCGGAGGACAAGGCUUGCGACAGCAAAAAGAAGGACAAAAGCCGCAAGCUUCGCUGGGCCACGUCGAGUCCAUGUAAGCGCUUAUCACCCCUUGCAGGCCCACUUGGAGAGGUGCUCUCGUGGCGAAAACCUCGCAGUAUCAGACUGUCGAUGAGACGUCAGAUUACGAUGCUACUAGGCACCCCACAAGGUGGCCCUCACGGCAACGCGACUUACCUUCGUUGCAUUGUCCGCACGGUGGAUUCUGUCGAGGAGCGGCGCUCAAACCCCGAGAUUCGCACCAGGGACGCCCUGGUCACUAAGUUAGCAGAUCCGAGUCCGCAAGAGUUUUUCCCAUGGCGGGACAUCACAAAUCCAUGGGUCAUUCCCCGAGGUUCGGACAGAGAAAGCUCUGCUACAUUCCUCUUGAACGGCGUUCGUGAGUCUUUGGCGACGGUUGAUGCUAUCGGUAUCGAAGGCGUGGGCCAUGACAUUGCUGAACGAAGAAGCGAGGCACACGGCUACGAGAUAAUCGCUACCGACGGCCGUGGUCUCGUCGUCGCUCAAGCCUCCACGCCAAACCGCGUCCCCACAAUCACGGUGUUUCCCUUCUUCAACGCCGAGCUUGCCAAGGCCAUCGAUCAAGACGGAGAGCUUGUGUAUGACGCAGCGAAGCAUUCGCAGGCGUCCAUCCUGCACAAAUAUCUCUCGAAAGACCUCUUUUCGGAGAUUGUCACCGCAGAAGCGUCGGGUGCCAAAUCGAUCGUGCUUGGCCACGCCAAAGCGCGCAGGUCCAGGCCCGGGUUGAAGCCACCAACGAUCCUGAUGCCGCAUGGAGGCCCACACGGCGUAACGCCGUACACGUUCAAUGCAGGGCAUGCGACGCUCGCGCUGCUGGGGUACCAGAUUGUCAUGCCGAACUACACCGGCUCGAUAGGGAACUCUCGCGCAUUUGUCGAGCGGCUCGUCGGCCGCUGCGGCGAACUGGACAUCGCAGACUGCCUCGAAGCCCUGCGGCUGGCGGGGGUUGCAGAGGCUGAUCCGGUGUAUGUCAUGGGCGGCUCGCACGGCGGGUUCAUCAGCGCUCACCUCAUCGGGCAAUACCCAGGUCGCUUUCUGGCGGCGGCCAUGCGCAACCCGGUGACGGACAUUGCGAGCAUGGUCGCUACCACGGACAUUCCGGACUGGUCCUAUGAGGAACUUGGGCUUCGGUUCGACUUUGAGCACCCUCCCCUCUAUCUGAGCGUGCCGAACUUCCGAGCGAUGCGCGACGCUUCGCCUAUCCAGCACAUCAAGCGUGUAGAGGCGCGCGUCCUGCUGCUCGCCGGCCUGUCCGACCGGCGCGUCCCUCCGCAGCAGAGCAUGCUGUACUACCAUGCGCUCAAGGCGCUCGGGAAGGACGUGGACAUGUACACCUUUGCGAGCGCUGAUCACGCGCUCGAUACGCUCGAGAGCCAGCUGUGGGGUUUCGAGCGCACGUUUGUGCAUUUCGACAAGACGGCCAAGGAGCAGCGGCAAGUGUGGUCGCUCUUGCGCAAGUGGGAGGGGUCGACUUAGAUAUGCGGAAAGUAUCGUACCCACCAGAGUCAAGAGAAUGGAAGUGCUGCUCCACCUGUCCU